AUGUGGUUCGUACUAGUCACAGCUUGCAUCAAAAUAAUAGGCAUUUUUAUUUUCAUCGUGUACUGCGUUGUUGCUUUCCUCAUGGUUAUGUAUAACGAUCGAAUGGAAGAAUUGCGAAAAUGUGUUGUACUUCAAGACACAAGCCUGAAAACAGAGUUUCCGAUCGAAUCUCACGAUAGUAUAGAUAAUAAAUUGGAAGUGCUAACGGAAAAGCUUACUCAAAAAGAGCGCGUGUUACAACGAUCGCAGUGUGAAAUAAAAAAUGCAGAAAAGGUUUUGAAUGAUCUAGAGAAUAAAACAUCCUCUUGUCGAGAUCGAUAUCGUUCGUUGAUGGUCGAAUUGAAAAAGGACAUUCGAAAAACCGAGGAAGAGGUGAAAACGUUGCAAACUCAAAUUUCGAAUUUGUCGAAUCGUCGAGAAGCCCUUAGAAGCGAAGUAUUAAAGCAACAAGAGGAUUAUCAAAAGAUGCUGAGUAGCUUUUCCACGGAAUUAGAAAAUAAGAAAUCCUUAUUUUCCUCAGGUAACGAGAAAUCAAGACACCCUCGCGUGAGUUGUCUUAUUUUACGACCAAAGAUCACAUUAUCCUCUCGUAUGUAUAAUAAUUAUUGUUAA